UAAAUUGUAAGUUUGAUGCUCAAAGUUUUAAAAUUUAACCCAUAUUUGUGUGUGUGUGUGUUUGAUUUGAUAUUUAUCUUAAUCAAGAGCAUCAUGGGCUCUUCCACCUUUACACUCUACACCUCAUUACACAUAUUUCUGAUAGUUCUAUUAACAGCAAAGGCUGCCCAAAUACCAACAAAAGAUCUUUAUGCUGAACUAGAAGAAUAUGAAAGCACAUCCUCAAAACCCACAGUAGAGCCAACGGUGAGAAUAAAAUGUUUAUCGGGUUCGAUGUUAAUAACCAUCAAGGAUGCCCCCGUUAAUCAUGAGAAUAGUCUAUUUAGUGGCAUGAUAUAUCCCAAGGGUUUAUCGAAGAAUUCAACAUGUCUAACGGAAUAUAGAGAUCAUGACGGUCCCUUACGUUAUAAAUUACCACUACGUAGUUGUAAUACCAUGCCUCAAGAGACGGAUGAUGGUGGCAUUGAAUUCUUUAAUACCAUAGUUCUACAGCCCCAUUUGAAACUGAUCACCGAUGCUGGACGUGGUUAUCAUGUACGCUGUGCCUAUAAAUCCCGUGAUGCUGCCAUGAACAUGAAAAAGUCCCACAAUAAAGUGGUAAAAGCCAGUGCUGGAGGUAAAUAUCCCCAAAAACCUCAAGCUUUUAGAAGUGCCGAAGCCGAUAGCACUGAUCGUAGAGGUUAUGGCAGAUCAUUAGAUAAAUAUCGUGCUGCUGGUGAUGAAUUAGAUGAGGAAGAUGUCUACAACGAAGAAGAAAUGAUGAAUAACGAAAGUGAUGUGGAUAAUGAAAUUCCAAUGCCUGGUUGCCAUAUGAAAAUAUAUAAUGCAGAGCAUAAGAUAGCCAAUGAUGUGAAAAUCGGAGAUCCCUUGACCAUUGUUAUCAAUAUCGAUAAACAAGAUGUGUAUGGUUUGCAUGUAACCGAUUGUAUUGUGCGUGAUGGUUUGGGUUGGGGUGAACAGCGUUUAGUGGGUGAUGAUGGCUGUCCUAUGGAUAAUGAAAUUAUGGGUCAAUUCAACUAUACCUUAGAUCGCUUGGCGGCCAAUGUUACUUUCCCUGCUCAUAAAUUCCCCUAUACCACCUCGGUUUACUAUCAAUGUAAUGUUAAAUUGUGUGCUUUAAAGGAUCCCGAAUGCCAAGCGGCUCCCCUUUGCGGCGGCAAACGACCCAAACGACAAACUAACAACGAUAACAAAGACGAAGAGGGUUCUCCAGCUACCAUUGAAGUCUUUUCUGGUCUUUAUGUUAAUGAAAAUGUCGAUGUUACCGAGGGAGAUGAUGAUUCAAUAACUAAAGAAAAGACAUUGGAAGAUGCUCUCUGUAUCUCUCAACGUGCUUUUGCCAUAGCCAUCGCUAUAGCUGGCCUAAUUUUAAUGUUGGCUGUUGUUGCAGCCGUUUUAUGUAUAAUGGCUAGACGCAGCACUAAGACCGUUUCAAAUUCCGGCAGUUCCAUUUACAGUGGUCCCUACACAAACACCGCUUUCUCGCAUAGCAGUUAAAUUUCUUUCCCAAAAACCAAACUGACACUAUUUCCUCACAUUAUAAUCUAUACAAAAAAAAAAAACUUAAUUAGGCCCAGAUUUAAGAAAACAAACAAAUCCAAAUUUUCUCUUAAUGAAAAAAUGAACACUAAAAGUGUUUAAAAAAAUAAUUUUUAAAAAAACAAAAUUUUUUCUUCUAAAAAAAUGUUUGAAAAAAAGUCAGAAAUUAACUAUUUAGCUAGAAAUUAAGUCACAAAAGAAAGCUGCCUUUUUUAUUUAAAAUUUAAAUUUAUUUAAUUUAAGUUUAAAGAAAACAUAUUUAAUUAUAAAUUAUGAUAAAUUUAUGUUAUGUUUAAGAAAGCACAGCACUUUGAAAAAAAAACAGCUUUUUUUAAAUGUAGAUAUUACAGGGUUUUUAAAAAAAUACUAAUAUUUAAGCGUUAAAACUUUAAAGAAAAGUUUUAGUGUUUAGACAACAAAAACCCCCUAAUAUCGCAGAGAUUUGAGUAGAAACUUUUUGUUAAAGUUUUGAAUUUAAAAAUCUCUGUUUAUUUGUACACUAAUUUAAUUAAGGUUUAAGGGUCUUUCUUUUAACUGCAUCUUGCAAAUUCUUUUCCUGAUGUCUUCCUUUCCUUUAAAAACUUUUUCUAUUCUUAUCUUUACUAUAUAUUAAUUUAAGUUAGCAUUCCCUUCCCUCGGCAACUUUCUGUAGUUUAGCUAACGCCUCAGGUGAUAACUUUUAAUAUUUAAAACUAUUUAAUUAAAUAAUUUAACUGUGUAUUCUUUAUAAUUUGUGUUUUUUUACUAAAACUUAUGAAAUUUUAAUGAUUUAAUAUCUUGUAAAUGUCUUAAAUACUUUUAAAAUUUUGUUAUCCUGUAUGUAUUUUAUUUUCAGUCUUUUAGCCAAAAGUUUUUUGCAUUUAAAGGAAACUUUUGGUUAAUAAAACAAUACUUGUCAUUAUUUAAACUAAAACCGUAUUAAACUAUCAAUAAUAAAUAAAUAUUUUUUUAAAAUAAAGAUAAUACUAAUUUAUUUUAAAAUUCUUAAUAAGUGCAUGUGUUUGUUAGUGUUAAUUUUAAUGGAUUUAUAAAUAAUACAAAAUUCACUUAUGGGAAUAGGUUUGAUGCAAUUCUAGUGAGAUUUGGAUUCGUUGGCAUUAAGAGGAACAGGUCCUCAGUGUUUUUCCAAUAAAUUUCCUAAAAGUUUUCAUAUAAAUUUCAUAGGUUUUGAAACAUUUCAACUUUAAAUUGAAAAAUUCUAAAGGAAAUAUUUGAAACAAUUUACUGGGAACUUAACCAAUAGAACCUUAUUAAAAAAUGCAUUUAAAUAUUUGCCUUAGAAAAGUUCAAACCUCUCAUAGUGUUAAUAAAACCGAGUUAUCUGUUAAAAAAAGCACGCCUUAUCUAAACGUCCAUAUAAAAUAGUACAUAUUUACUUUUUUUACUUUUAAAGUUUCCAUAAAAAACAAAUAAACAAACAACAUUUAAUAUUAAAUUUCUAUUUUCAAUAUUUUUUAUUAAUUUUUGUAAGGCUUUGCUUCAUUAAAACAUUAAAAAGUUUCUUUAAAAAGAAAAUUAAAAACAAAUGUUUUACUGGAGCUUGGCCAAUUAAAAUCAAUUUAUUUUUAUUAACUAAUAUUAAUCUUACUUCAAUAGUUAGUACAUACUUUAAAUUAAAAAAAAAAAAA